AUAAAUGGGACGUGGAUUGAUGAAGGCCAAAUAUUACUGGAUAGCCACAUCCUGACAUGGCAUAACAGCAGCCAAUUUUCUGCACCUCAAUACGUUUGCCAGAACGAAAAAAAACCGCUCAAAGAACAGGGCAAUGGCAGUGGCAGUGGCAGGGCGCUCAGCAAUCUUCGGCAACGCAAUUCUGAACAAGAACAAUUUAUUUCACCUAAACAGAAACAAUUUAUCUCCUGCUCGUUUAAGGGCUUCAAAUUUAUCAGGAAAAGGGGAAAAAAUUAGACUUAAAUCCUUUAAACUCUUCCCAUGUUCUGCCAAAGACCAGGUUAUAGUCGGUGGCGAGUCUGUGAAGGCGUCGGAACAAUCGUCAGAUGUCGAUAAAGUCAGUGCAGUUUUGUUUGACAUGGACGGCGUUCUGUGCAACAGCGAGGAGGCAUCUCGUCUAGCUGCCGUUGAUGUAUUUUUAGAAAUGGGAGUAGAGGUCACGCAAGAGGAUUUCAUUCCGUUUAUGGGAACAGGUGAAGCAAAUUUUUUGGGAGGAGUUGCUAAAUUAAAAGGUGUAAAAAACUUUGAUCCUGUGGCAACAAAGCAACGCUUUUACGAGAUUUACCUUGCAAAUUAUGCCAAGCCAAACUUGGGUUUAGGAUAUCCAGGGUCUUUGGAGUUGAUUCUGCAGUGCAAAAAAGAGGGUCUCAAAGUGGCAGUUGCAUCAAGUGCAGACCGAAAAAAGGUCAAUGCAAACAUGGCAGCUGCAGGGUUGCCCCUAUCAAACUUUGAUGCUAUUAUCUCAGCAGAUUUAUUUGAGAACUUGAAACCUGCUCCAGAUAUAUUCUUAGCUGCAGCCAAAGCAUUGGAUGUUCCUCCUAAUGAGUGUGUAGUGAUUGAAGAUGCUGUGGCAGGAAUUCAAGCUGCUAAUGCAGCAAAAAUGAGGUGCAUAGCUGUGACAACCACACUUUCAGAGGAGAGGCUGACACAGGCAGGAUCUUCACUAGUCAGAAGGGACAUAGGCAGCAUUUCUCUGAGUGACAUUCUCAACAGUAGAAGCCCUGAUGAGAAGAUUCAUGUUGGUAACCAGUGGGAAGUUGAAGAGAAGUCUUCAGCAGAAGGAAGCAGUGUUGUAGAUAUUCCAUAUGUAGGAUUGUUGUUCAAUGGAGAAAUAUCAUUGCCUGGAGGGGUGCAGACUUCUCGGCGUGACCUUUUAAGACUAGGAAGUUUGGGAGUUGCUGUCACUUGUUCAUUUGUUGUGGUCACCCAUUGGAAGGCAAUGUCCUAUAUCUCCCCCAGGGCAAUACUGAAUUUAUUGGCUGGAAGGGGACAACCACUGCUUGCACAGAAUGAUGUGACAUCCCCAUCUUCACGUAUUCAACAGUUCAAGAGCUAUAUAUCAGAUAUAGAAGCCAGGGGAAAAGGACAAGAGGUGCCAGAAUUUCCACCAAAGCUUAACUGGCUGAAUGCUGCCCCUCUUCGACUUCGCCGGGAUCUGCGAGGCAAGGUGGUUAUACUUGAUUUUUGGACAUACUGUUGCAUCAAUUGCAUGCAUGUUUUGCCAGAUUUGAAAUACAUUGAGAAAAAGUACAAAGGAAAACCGAUUGCUGUUGUGGGGGUACAUUCUGCUAAAUUUGACAAUGAGAAGGAUCUAGAUGCAAUUCGGAAUGCUGUGCUGCGGUACGGGAUUACUCACCCGGUUGUUAAUGAUGGAGAUAUGAUUUUGUGGCAUCAACUAGGAGUGAAUUCAUGGCCUACUUUUGCCAUAGUGAGUCCAAAUGGAAAGCUAUUAGCACAGCUCGCUGGUGAAGGCCAUCGUCAAGAUCUAGAUGAUCUGGUGGAGGCUGCUCUUCAAUUUUAUGGUGAAAAGGAACUUCUAGAUGACCGUCCAAUCCCAGAAGUCUUAGAGAAGGACAAGGAUACUCGACUUUUGAUGUCACCUCUAAAAUUUCCUGGAAAAUUGGCAGCAGAUAUCACUAAUAAUCGAUUGUUUAUAUCAGACAGCAAUAACCAUCGCAUUGUCGUUACUGAUUUGGAGGGGAGUUUUAUUAUGCAAGUUGGAGGUAAUGAAGAAGAGGCUCUAAGGGAUGGUACAUUUGAAUAUGCCACUUUCAAUCGCCCUCAAGGCUUAGCAUAUGAUCCCAAGAAAAACACAUUGUAUGUUGCAGACACAGAAAACCAUGCUUUGAGGGAAAUUAAUUUUGUUAGUGAGACUGUUCGUACUCUUGCUGGAAAUGGAGUGAAAGGUUCUGACUAUAAAGGAGGAAGAAAAGGAAUGGCUCAGGUUCUCAACUCUCCUUGGGAUGUUUGUGUUGAUUCUUCUUCUGGAAUUGUCUACAUAGCAAUGGCUGGGCAGCAUCAAAUUUGGAAGCAUAAUAUUGUGGAUGGAGUAACAAGAGCUUUCAGUGGGGAUGGCUAUGAACGGAAUUUAAAUGGUUCAAAUUCUACGAGUACAUCAUUUGCUCAACCAUCUGGCAUUUCUCUAUCUCCUGACAUGCAAGAGCUGUAUGUAGCUGACAGUGAAAGCAGUUCAAUCAGAGCAGUAAAUCUUAAGACAGGAGGGUCAAGAUUAUUGGCUGGGGGUGAUCCACUAUUUGCAGAUAAUCUCUUUCAGUUUGGAGAUCGUGAUGGUACUGGAACAGAGGCACAGUUUCAGCAUCCUUUGGGUGUCCUUUGUGGAUCUGAUGGACUAGUCUAUAUUGCAGAUUCAUAUAAUCACAAGAUCAGAGUCCUGGAUACUGUUACCAGAAAAGUAAAGACACUUGCAGGAACCGGGAAUGCUGGAUUUAAAGAUGGGGUUGCGCAAUUCGCUCAGCUUUCCGAGCCAGCUGGAAUUUGCGAAAGGGGGAAAGGAAAGUUACUUAUUGCAGAUACAAACAAUAACAUCAUUAGAUCCAUUGACCUGAGUACAGAAAACCCUGUGGUUCAGACGUUAGAACUUAAAGGAGUCCAAGUUCCUUCAACAAUACCAAAAUCACCAAAGCGACUACGAAGACGUCCUUCAAUGGAUGCUCAGAUUAUUAGGAUAAAACCAAUUUCUGCUAUGAAGGGCAAUUUACGCCUGGAGAUAUCACUUCUCCCAGAAUAUCAUUUUACAAAGGAAGCAAGCAGCAAAUUUGAGGCUGGUGUUGAGCCUAGUGAUGGAAUGCUAGUUGAGCCCAUGGAUGGUACCCUUGACUCUGAAGGGUUUGCAACGCUGCACUUCACCAGAUCUGCAGAGACAUCAGCUACAGUUAGAGUUAAUUGCAAGGUUUAUUAUUGCAAAGAGGACGAGGUGUGUUUGUAUCAGAAUCUUGCUUUUGAGGUUCCUUUUAUCCCAGACUCAAAUUCCACUUCAACUGCAGAUAUACCGCUAUCCCACACUGUGAAACCCAAAAAUAGAGUAUAAUUCGUUUGACUGAUUCUAACUAUCUGAAUAGGGAAAUGAAAGAGAAUUUCAUGCUCAAGAGUAAAUUAUUGAGAGAAAAAGCAAAAGGCGCAUUCUUGAUAUUGUAUGAGGAUGCCAAAUUCUUCAUUUGUUCGGGGAAUGAAUAAGCAUUGCCAAUUCACUUCGACGGAUCUAAUGAUGAUAAAUUCUCACCAUUUAGGUCUCCAACGGUAUUAAUAUUGGGUUCUAAAAGUCUUGAAAAUAUUAGAUAUUGAGAUAUUGUGUAUCAUAUAAACAAAAUGGCUUCAAACAUUCUCUAUAUUUCAACGAAGGUUUCAUCAAAUUAAUCAUUGGUAGCAGAUGGUCUGAGUAUAUAUUAAGUAAACAAGAUUCAUCUACUGCCACCAUUAAGCCUGCCGAUUCAUCGUUUGCCUCCACACACAUCCCAAGCAUACUUUCUACGCUACAUAUCUCAGAUGUGAAUUAUUGGAGCUGUUUACAAUAUUCUUGGAUGAAAAUAUUGUUGGGACAUGUGUCAUACAUUUUGCAAGCUUAAUGUUCGAUUAUUUAUUUAUUUAGUAUCCUUAUAGAAAAGAUGUCUCAUUUUCAGGCAAUGUCUAUGCAGCACCAGAUGCAUUUUUUAUUGUUUUUAUUAAUUAAUUAAAACUAAAAAUUAUUCUAAUUUUCAAUUAAUUAAUAAACAAGGUCAAGAAUGCAUCUUGGGUGCUGUAUAUACAAUGGUCCACUUUGAAGUGGUACUAAUGUUAUGUAUAUUUUGUAAAAGUGAUACAUGUAAGAAUAUCUAAUGGCAUGUAAGUGUGCAAAAUCAUCUAUCAUCUUAAGAUUCUAUGAUGAUGUUAUGAUAGAUGUAAGACAGAUUAUAUAAUAGACAAAUUUUUUACCAACUUAUGAUGUGUAAGAAUGACACAUCAUAAAACUUAUCUUAGAAAAGAUAGUCUAAAUUAGAGUGUCCAAGUUUGGUGGAGAAUAUGACGUGUUUUAUGAUACAUGUUGCGCUCUACUUUUAGUAUGUUGAUACAUCAUGAAUUUGGGCAUUAGAUUUUGACAUAGACAUUUAAGCAACACAUUUAGCCCAUGGUUUUGUUAAA